GUGCCAUUGAGUGACAAAUUCAUAGACAAUAUGGCGAUUGAGUGACUAAUUGAGUGAAACAGUGAUUGAAUAUAAGUCAAGAAUACAAGACAAUUGUGACCAUAAGUGAGACCAACUGAUGCCCCGAUAUGAUGAUAGCCCUACCGGACACCGAUCCGGUCAACACUCACCACUAGAUCAUAGAAGACCAGAUCACAGAAGACUUAAGAGUCCAAUGAUGGCUGACACGAGACGACGACCACAACGUGACAGUCCUAUGAGCUCUUCAUCGAUGAGGACAAUGAAUCCACGAGACAAUUACGAUGAUUAUCGCAACCAUUCAUCGGCUAACAAUAGUGGUCAUCACAGAAACACUGAUGGUUCAGGUGGUGGCACUGGGAUGUCAAUGCCCUAUAAGAUAUUGUGUGUCUCAAACAUAAGUAACAAAUACAGCGAUAAUGAAGUGCGAAGUGAAUUGAAUCGUGAGUUUCAUCGAUUCGGUGAACCAAACAUAAAGUUGGUGUACGACGACAACACACGACUCGCAUACCUUUACUUUAGCAACUAUGAUGACGCCCGCGAUGCCAGACAUGCAAAGAGUCGACUCUUUUUGUUUGACAAACAGAUUAUCAUUGACCCCAUCUAUGACCGAACCAUUCAACUGCCCAGAAGACGAUCAGUUACUCCCGACUAUCAGAUGUCUGGUUCUCGUCGAACUAACGCUCGACCUUUGUCUCCACCAAUGCCAAGACGACCGCCGCCACCACCCGGAAGGAACAAUGACAUGAAAUAUAAUAUGCAGCAGCCUCAUCGAGAUAACCACCGGGAAAUGCAUCCUAUGCGUAAUGAUUACCAUCAUCCAGGAGGAGCUGGUGGUGGUGGAGGAGGAGGAGGAGGAGGCAGUGGUGGUGGUGGAGGAGGAGGCGGAAGUGGUAAUCGUCAGCAACACAGAGAUUCCAAGAAGGAGAAGUUCCCAAAUUAUUUAACUCAUGUUUCUCCAGAAGAUGACGAAAAGUCAACGCGUACUUUGUUUGUCGGUAAUCUUGAGGUAAACAUAAGUGAAUCGGAUUUGCGGCGUAUUUUUGAGCGCUAUGGCGACGUAGAGGACAUCGACAUUAAGAGACAUCCUCCCGGAGAGGGAAAUGCGUUUGCAUUCAUAAAGUUCCUGAACUUGGAUAUGGCUUAUCGGUCAAAGGUUGAGAUGUCCGGUCAGUAUAUCGGCAAAUUUCAAUGUAAAAUAGGUUACGGAAAAGCCACGCCUACUACACGUAUAUGGGUCGGAGGUCUGGGUCCGUGGACUUCGCCGAGUCAAUUGGCCACCGAGUUUGACAGGUUUGGUGUCAUCAGGAAAAUUGAUUUUGUUAGGGGAGAGAAUCAUGCGUACAUCCAAUACGACACCAUUGAUGCCGCACACUCUGCCUGUUCUAAGAUGAGAGGCUUUCCAUUGGGCGGACACGAUAAACGUCUUCGCGUGGAUUACGCUGAUCCCGGACCAUACUCUUUCAUUUCACCAUCACAUGGAACAGGUGUUAAUGCAGGCGCUGGAGACCAAUAUGCGACACCAACUGGUCCUCGCAAAGAGGAUAAUGGAGAUGAUUGGGCGCAUACAGCUAAGUAUGGGCAGAAUGCUGGCGAUUAUAAUGAGUCCUUUGAAAGAAAUACACCACAAAAUAGAAACCGAGAAUUUAAUGAAGAGAUAAAAAGAGAACGUGAAGUGAUAUCAACAGCAAAUAAUAAUAAUAAUUAUGACCAGUGGUGGGGUGACAGUACUACUGCUGGACAAUACUCUCCUAAUGCUGAAAGACGUCGACGCCGUACUCCAGAGGACGCAGAACCGACACUUAAAAGACAACGUCGUAAUACAGAUUCGCCCACACCUGGAGACGACAGGUCAUUAUCUCCGCGCAGACAUUCUUUGUUAUCUCCAAAUUAUGAAACCAAUGGAAAGGAUGAUAAUGGCGUUGGUCUUAAAGUGACUGUCAGUGACAGUGUGUUGACAAUUCAAGAGUUGGCAAAAUGUUGUCCACCCGCUUGGAAUGGCGGACUCAUUCUUAAAAGCAGUUCAUUUCCAUCUCGUAUGUUGUAUUGUGCAGGAGAUUCACAGCUCGUGGAUCUACUUAUGAAAGACAACUCAAAUCCUGAACAACCAGUGCUUAGAAUUACACAACGUUUAAGACUUGAAAGAGGAAAGUUGGAUGAUGUGAGUCGUCGUAUGUCUUUAGCUGGCUCUUCAGGUUAUUGCCUGCUUCUUACAACAGGAGGUGCUGCACAAAGUCAACCAACAGGACAACUGUCUGAAGAUGGAAGUGCUAUUCAGUUGAGACCACUUAAGAAUUUGGUAACAUAUUUGAAGCAAAAAGAUGCCGCCGGUGUUAUAACAUUGACCAGUGCUAAGGAUGUCGACAUAAAGGGAGUGUUGUAUUUGUUUCCUCCCUGUGCUUAUGCUAUUGAUCAGCUAAAGAAAGUGGCGCCUAAUUUGUCUAUUGAGACUAAUCUUAAAGAAGACUAUCUGGUGGUGGUUGUGGUUCGCGGUACCAAUUGAUGUGACUAUUUGUGAUCCACACGUUUAUUAUUUGAAUAUUUGUGUUAAUUUAAAAUAUAUUUAGUGAAAAUGUCUCUCUUGUGCUCUUUUGAACAAAUAUUGUCUUCAAAUUAGUUAUUUGCUAAUUAUUAUCAUUAUUAUUAUAAUACUAUUAUAAUUACUAUUAUCGUAUUAUUGA